CAAAAUUCUACUGACCGCCAUGGCUCAGAAAAAACGCGUCCGCCAAACAGCCACAGCCCUAUUCAAACAGCUUCCUACAAACGGGCGAAUCCCUUUGACGCAAGUUCUACAAGCGACUUGGGUUGCAAUAUUUGCUCUCUUUAUCGGAAUCUGCUUUGUUCUCGCAAUCGCCUACUCCGCAGAUGGAAAGCCCACAGGUAGCAAUAAGUGGUAUGAAUACGCUCCGACGUUUGUCGCUUUGGGAGCAGUCGUACUUCGAGGGUCGGUCGCCGCUUUGCUCGGGAUUACGCUUUAUCAAAACCUGUGGCAGAAUGUUGCCGCGCCGGCCAAGGCUAACGGGGAGCCGCGCGUUGAGACGGGAGGGGAGGGAGGUAUCCCGUUAAAGAGGGUUGAGUCACUGCACUUGGCUUCGCGUUUGGCGGUCGGCAUGUUAGCCUAUCCAUUGUUCAGGGCUGGCUGGAUAAUUGGUUUCCUGGGACUUGCCGUAACCUCUGCUGUCCAGCCUGUCCUGCAGUCCGCCAUUACAGUCAGGCAAGAGAGGCAGUUUAACGGAUCGCUUGCCCUAAGCGACUCAUCAGCAAUGGUUGCAGGGGCUCCGACGACAAUAUCGAGGAGGUCAGCAGUCGCAGCUCUGAUGGGAGAGAGAAGCGGACUUCGUUACACAGAUGCCAACGUUACUGGUAUUGCAAAAUUUGGCCCCGUCAAGUACCUCGAUGUUACCUGUAACAUUGAAGCUGUCCCUGGAGUCAAAUCAAAUGCAGCCGGCUGGGACCUAUACAAUUUCACCUACCGAUAUCCAGACGCGGAACACGUUUCGGAUGAUUUUGAUUUGACCAAAUUCCGAGAUGUAUUCAAUACCUCGGUCCUGUAUGAGGGAGUUGAAAUUUCGCUGGCUGCCAAAUCAAAGGUAGAAGUGCAAGCCGUCAUGUUCAACAACACACAUUACCUUAGGCACCUAUGCAUGGUUCAAACCGCGAUUGGAAGCUGUGCCACUCCUAUUACAGCCGGCAUUGGAAGCAUGGGUGACCUCGCCUGCUUGAGAGGUCAGUUUAUUAAUGUCGACAGCGACCUCGAUAAGCCCGGUUCAUUCUACGGACCGGCUGGUGGAGUGAUAUCUCUAUUCGGCUCUUUUUUAGAAGUAUUUGCCGGGAAAGGGCUGCUCGAUAUACGUAGCAGACUUAACCCUGGUAAAUCUCUGUUUAUGAUGGGAACCAUGGUCGCCGAUACGGAUAAAACGCUCGUCAUGCCGUCAGAUCUCUUGUCACAUAUGCAGCGAGUGCUCUGGGUCACGCCUUUGCUUGCAAAAUUCGGUACUCCGGAACAAGAUGCACUGAACGUCACAAUGUCCGUCUUAGAUGAGCGUAACGUAAUCGUCUAUAAAAUCGAUAAGCCGCGAAUCAUCGUCACGGUCGCCGUCCUCCUUAUCAUCGGUCUCGGGUGUUUGGCCUAUCUAUCUCUUUGCAGUAGCGGAGCUUGUGGACGUCUCACAAGAGACAGCUUGGUUCAUUCCCUCACAGUGGCGGGCCCGAAUGGCCCUGCGAUCAAGGGGGCGUGCUUGGCUUCUUUGGAAGAAAUAUUGGAUAAAGCGGGGGAUGAGAAACUCAAGUUUGGUGUGCUUCUAGCGGCAACGGACUCGAACAGCCUCUCGCACCGGGAUCUUACGAGAGUACACCAGUUACAACUGUUGGAAAACCGGUGCCAGGGAGGUGACAAGCUCGAGCUUCCCCAGCGAAACGAUCCGAAUGUCUGUGUGCUGCGGCUGGUCAGCAACUGGCUGUGCAACGAGGCAAAUGGAAGAUGGAUGAUGAUUGUGGAUAAUGUAGAUGACAUUGAGGUACUCUAUCCAACGCGAGCAAGCAAGCGGGAUGAAUACCUCGAGACGGGAUCAGCACCACUGGCGGCUUACCUCCCUUAA